UCACUGUAAUACAGCUUUUCCCGCAGAUUCGGCGCACAAUCCGGUGAUUGACCGGCCGGUGUUCAGUCUGGUGCUUCGGUGCGUGCUCGUGAAAGCGAAUACUGCCGGUGAAGUGAUCGCGUGCUGCGGAGCAGGCGCUCCGGCGAUUUCCGAGGUGCUGUGCUUGUGGUCGUCAGCCAGUGGCAGUGGGAGGGGGAGUGCCACAGCUUCCCCUGCUGCUGCUGGGUGUGUGAGCCAUGGAUUACGACUUCAAGGUUAAGACGGCUAGUGUGCGUGCCAAGGUGGAGGACAUUUUUGAGUUUGAGGGCUGCAAGGUUGGCCGGGGAACAUAUGGACACGUCUACAAGGCUCGUCGGAAAGAUGGAAGUGACAAUAGGGACUACGCGCUGAAGCAAAUUGAAGGCACGGGCAUUUCCAUGUCAGCCUGCAGAGAGAUUGCUCUGCUGCGGGAGCUGAAGCACACCAAUGUCAUCAGUCUGCAACGAGUGUUCCUCUCGCACAAUGACCGAAAAGUCUACCUCCUUUUUGACUUUGCUGAACACGAUUUGUGGCACAUUAUCAAAUUCCACCGGACAGCCAAGGCCAACAAGAAGCAGGUUCUGGUGCCACGUGGGAUGGUCAAGUCUUUGCUCUACCAAAUUUUGGAUGGAAUCCACUACCUGCACUCCAACUGGGUCCUGCACAGGGAUUUGAAACCAGCCAACAUACUCGUAAUGGGUGAAGGUCCAGAGCGAGGCAGAGUGAAGAUUGCGGACAUGGGCUUUGCGCGGCUUUUCAACUCACCGCUGAAGCCACUAGCCGACCUGGACCCGGUUGUGGUGACAUUCUGGUACCGGGCACCUGAGCUCCUGCUUGGAGCCCGACACUACACUAAGGCCAUCGACAUCUGGGCCAUUGGGUGCAUCUUUGCUGAGUUGUUGACCUCGGAGCCCAUCUUCCACUGCCGGCAGGAGGACAUCAAGACCAGCAAUCCUUACCACCAUGACCAGCUUGACCGCAUCUUCAAUGUCAUGGGAUUUCCCCAUGAAAAGGACUGGGAGGACAUCAAAAAGAUGCCUGAGCACCACACCCUGAUGAAGGACUUCAAACGCUCAAGUUAUGCUAGCUGCUCCCUUGUGAAGUACAUGGAGAAGCACAAAGUCAAGCCUGACAGCAAGGCCUUCCUUUUGCUGCAGAAGCUGCUGCUGAUGGACCCAACCAAGCGGAUAACCUCGGAGCAGGCUAUGCAGGACCCCUACUUCCUGGAGGACCCCGUGCCCACCCAGGAUGUGUUUGCAGGUGUGCCCAUACCGUAUCCGAAGCGGGACUUCCUUACGGACGAGGAGCAGGAGGACAAGUCCGAUGCCAGCAAGACGGCGGCUGCCAACAACCAAGGAGGCACGCAAGACAACAACAACCAUGGUCCUAGUGCCAAGCGAGUGCGGAUGGCACCACCUACUACGACAGCAGCCAAUCAGAUGCAAGGUUACAAUAAAAAUUAUCAUGGUUUCAAGAAGCCCGAGGUAAGAGUCCUCCUCCCAGCCAGUACUCACAGUAGCCUAAGCUCCGGUGUGCCACCAACCCAGCCACCAGUGUUGGCAUUCACCUCGGCGAGUGGUACCACCCAGCCAUCUGGCCCGCCCACCUUCUCUCAGCGGUUCUGACAACACUGUGCUGCCUGGGGUCAUGUGAUGGUGGACCUCUUGAGAGAGACUCUGCUAGGUUUAUUUCAAUUGUUUCAACUUGCUGAUGGCCCCCCCCCCCCCCCCCUUUUUUUUUUCUGUUGUCUGGAUGUGCUCUAGGCAUUUUUGUCCAAUGUGAAUGAAGUGCAUGGAAAAAGACA